AUGACUAUGUCUGGAAACAGUUACGAUAUAUACAAUGCUGUGUAUGCCGUGACCCAGGCUCUCCAUGAGAUGCUUCUUCAUCAGACAGAAGUUCAAGUACUGGAAAAUACAAAAGGGACACUGCUUCCCCCUACACAGCUGCUCCAUUUUCUGAAGAACAUCCAGUUUCACAAUUCUGUUGGACAUCAAGUGAUUUUGGAUGAGAAAAGGAAAUUGGAGCCAGAGUAUGACAUUCUGAACAUUUGGAAUUUUCCAGAAGGUCUUGAACUUGAGGUGAAAGUAGGAAAGUUUUCUCCAUAUGCUCUCCAUGGUAACCAACUGUCUUUAUCUGAAGAUAUGGUGGAAUGGGCCAUAGGAACCACAGAGACUCCUCACUCUGUCUGCAGUGAGACUUGUGGUCCAGGAUUCAGGAAAUCUCCUCAGGAGGAAAAGGCUACCUGUUGCUUUGACUGUACACCUUGUCCACAGAAUGCAAUUGCUAAUGGCACAGAUAUGGACCAGUGUGUGAAGUGUGCAGAUCAUCAGUAUGCCAACACACAGAGAAAUAAGUGCCUCAUGAGAACUGCAAGUUUCCUGGCUUUUGGAGAUCCCUUGGGCAUGGCUCUGGCCUGCAUGGCUCUCUGCUUCUCUAUGCUAACUGCUGCUGUUCUUGGGAUAUUUGCAAAACAUCAAGACUCUGCUAUCGUCAAGGCCAAUAACCGGACUCUCAGCUACACCUUGCUCAUCUCCCUCAUCUUCUGUUUCCUCUGCUCCUUGCUCUUUAUUGGUCGCCCCAACACAGUUAACUGCAGACUGCAGCACAUCACAUUUGGGAUUGUCUUCACUGUGGCUGUUUCCACAGUGUUGGCCAAAACGGUGACUGUAGUCCUGGCCUUCAAAGCCACUUCUCCAGGGAGAAGGAUUAGGUGGCUGCUGGUAUCCGGGGCUCCUAACUUCAUCAUCCCCAUCUGCACCCUCAUCCAGGUGGUGCUCUGUGGAGUCUGGCUGGGGACCUCUCCUCCCUUCGUUGACACAGAUACAUACUCUGAACAUGGCCACAUCAUCAUCCUGUGCAACAAGGGCUCCCUCACUGCCUUCUACUGUGUCCUGGGAUACCUGGGCUCCCUGGCCCUGGCCAGCUUCACUGUUGCUUUUCUGGCCAGGAAUCUGCCUGACACCUUCAAUGAAGCCAAGCUCCUGACCUUCAGCAUGCUGGUGUUCUGCAGUGUGUGGCUCACCUUCUUGCCUGUCUACCACAGUGCCAAGGGGAAGGUCAUGGUGGUUGUGGAGGUCUUCUCCAUCUUGGCCUCUGGUGCAGGGCUCCUAGGCUGCAUUUUUGCCCCAAAGUGUUACAACGUUUUGUUAAUGUCAAAUAGAAAUUCUCUUCGUGACUUCAGGGAUAAAAAACGUACUAGGAGGAAUUAG